UUGUGUGUGUGUGUGUGUGUGUGUGUGUGUUUCAGGACAAGGGCUCCAGCCUGGACCCUCAGCAGCACUUUAACGCACUUGACGUGGGCACCCUGGGCCUUAACACCAGUCACUCACCAUCAGCGUCCUCCAGAAGCUCCCACAAAUCCUCGCACACGGCUAUGUCAGAACCCGCCUCCACUCCGAGCAAGCUGAUGGCAGAGGCCAGCACCACGGCUUUACCCAGAUCGGCCACCCUGCCCCAAGAGCUCCCUGUGCCAGGGCUCAGCCAGGCAGCCUCCAUGCCGGCUCCCCUGCCGGCCCCGUCGUCCUGUGACCUCACACAGCAGCUCCUGCCGCAGACCAUCCUGCAGAGCCCCCCUGCCCCCAUGACACAGUUCUCAGCACAGUUCAGCAUGUUCCAGACCAUCAAAGACCAGCUGGAGCAGCGGACACGGAUCCUGCAAGCCAACAUCCGGUGGCAGCAGGAAGAGCUCCACAAGAUCCAGGAACAGCUCUGCCUGGUCCAGGACUCCAACAUCCAGAUGUUUCUGCAGCAGCCGGCUGUAUCCCUGAGCUUCAGCAGCGCCCCGCGGCCCGAAGCUCAGCAGCAACUCCAGCAGAGGUCGGCCCCAGGCUCCCAGCCCCAGCUCGUGGCCAGCCCUCAGCUUCCAGGGCAGAUUGGCUCUGCCCAGGUGGCGAACCAGCACCUGCUCAGAGAAUCCAGUGUGAUAUCAACCCAGGGUCCAAGGCCAAUGCGAAGCUCGCAGCUGAUGCCGGGAAGCGGCCCCUCGGUGAGCAGCUUGACGCCCCAGUUCAGCAGCGCCACGGCAGUGCUCCCGCCAGCUCUGAGCCUGACCACGCUCGCUUCUGCCUCCCAGGACGGCAGCCAAUGCCGGCCCAGCCCAGCCUUCAGCCAUGAUCGGCAGCUCAGGCUGCUGCUGAGCCAGCCCAUCCAGCCCAUGAUGCCUGGGUCCUGUGACGCGAGGCAGCCCUCAGAGGUCAGCAGGACUGGACGACAAGUCAAGUAUCCACAGAGCCAGGCUGUGUUUCCAAAUGCAGACAUGCACACCACCAGCAGCAGCGCCUCACCCCCCGUUCUGCUGAUGGGACAGGCGGUGCCCCAGCCCAGCUUCCCCGCCUCCCGGCAGUCACCCCUGCAGCCCGCACAGGCCCAGCAGCAGCCACAGCACUUCCUGCAGGUGCAGGCACCAACCUCUCUGCACAGUGAGCAGGACUCGCUACUUCUUUCCACCUACUCGCAACAGCCAGGGACCCUGGGCUACCCCCCGCCGCCCCAGCCCUCACGCCCUCCCCGAAGGGUCAGCAGCCUCUCUGAGUCCUCGGGCCUCCAGCAGCCACCCCGGUAGAGUCCUGGCACCUCCGUCGGGUCACAAUCAGCUUUAACCAAUGGACGGACCAUGGGGGUGGCCACAGGAACUGGGGAGAGGAGUUUAAACCCUUGGCUUUUGAGCGCACUGCAUACAUUUCAGAACUCCUGGAUGGUAACCAUCUCCAGAAUGCAGUGGCUGGCCGUGGAAAAUGAUCAGAAUACUGGCCGUGUUUCCCUAGCCUCUGUGUUUCUCGGGCACACUCUACAGCCAUACUCGGAUAGGAACCGAGUGCCCCACGAAAGCGUCAUUACUCAGUUCACUUAGCAGACGGCACGUCUCGCCACGUCCUCCCCGAGAGCGCACUGGUCCCUCUAGCCGGCUGUGGUCCAUCCACACUUGCUAGCUGGCCUUCACUCUCCUGAUCCUCUUUCCUUUGCAUUCGAGAAGCACUGGGUCAGAGAUCUGUUGAAGAGAGAGAAUAAAGAGAUUAUUUUUCAUUAUUUUUAAAUGGUGGUUUUUGUUUUAAUUUGCACAGCUGCACAGAGGAGAUAACUUAGGCACUUUCAGGUUUUAAAAAUAAGGAGGUCUUGUGACUUCACUUGGAGACCCAGGAACAAAAACAGCCCACCAAUCAGAUGGUCUUUGUUAACCAGGCCGCAGACCCACGCCCUCUGGUCUGAAACCUAAUGGAAGAAGGCUCUUUCUGGUGGUUAUUGUUUCCCCUAAAUAAAACACUGGACUGUUCCUGUUUACUUCCUUGAUUGCAACUACAAAGGCAGACUCAAAGCAAAGCACAAUCAUGCAGCUGAUAUUCCGGAAUUCUGUCGGGAACUCCGAGACGGAAUGGGAGGAAGAGGUAUCCCAAGCCAGGCAGGCCCAUGGAGCUCCAGGUCCCCGAGGAAAUCCCAGCACGCGCCGGCCCCUUGAGUCAGAAUGCUGCAUCUUUCUACAGAUCUUUCGUGAGAAGACCGAGGAUUGGAUUCUCCUUUUCAAAAUGCACUUUGCUUUUUUUGUAUGUUUUGUUAUGUUGAGAUGUUUCUAAAGAGAAGAUUUUAUGUAAUUAAAAGACGAAGUGUAGUGAAUUGUACAGCUGUUGUAAUAAUGACCUAUUUCUAUAUAAAAUAAAAUUGUAUGGAUUAUGUGUAAAUUAUUUUGUAUCUGAGACACCAGUUCCUUUCCCAGAUAUAAAAGUAUAAAAGUUUUCUUGUGUUUUUCUGUGAGUGGCCAUUUUGUAAUAAAUUAACGAAUUUGUACAAUU